CAAACCAUCAUCCUUUUUCGUCACAAACAUCAACACCACCUUUCACGAUGGCGUGGAGACAACAAGGAAGCACCGGAUCGAAUAACAUCCCUUUGGGAAACCGACGCAGAUUCGGCGGCGGCGACAGCGCAACUCAGCAUGAUGACAGUAGCUACAAUCCGACCAAGCCCGCCAAUGGAUUCCCUGACGGUCCUUACAAACGUGGUCGCAGCCCAGUAAGAUCCGAGGAACCUUCUGUCGAUGGAACCAGACGUCGCAAGAAGAGAAAUCGGUGGGGUGAUGCGACAGAGAACAAGGCUGCGGGUCUCAUGGGACUUCCAACUGCCAUCAUGGCCAACAUGACUAGCGAGCAGCUUGAGGCUUAUACUUUGCAUUUGCGCAUUGAAGAGAUCAGCCAGAAGCUCAAGAUCGACGAUGUUGUCCCUGCAGAUGGAGAUAGGUCGCCAUCCCCACCGCCACAGUACGAUAACUUUGGUCGCCGUGUCAAUACGCGAGAAUACCGCUACCGGAAGCGUCUUGAAGACGAGCGCCACAAAUUGAUUGAGAAGGCUAUGAAAGUUAUUCCUAACUAUCACCCUCCACAGGACUAUCGCCGUCCCACUAAGACACAGGAGAAAGUUUACGUGCCGGUCAAUGACUAUCCAGAGAUUAACUUCAUUGGCUUGCUUAUCGGUCCUCGUGGCAACACCUUGAAGAAAAUGGAAACUGAAUCGGGAGCAAAAAUUGCCAUUCGUGGAAAAGGAUCCGUCAAGGAAGGAAAAGGCCGAUCCGAUGCAGCUCACACCAGCAACCAGGAAGAAGAUCUUCAUUGCUUAAUCAUGGCAGACACCGAGGAGAAGGUUAAUAAGGCAAAGAAGCUGAUUCACAACAUCAUUGAGACCGCUGCAUCUAUCCCCGAAGGCCAGAACGAGCUCAAGCGCAACCAACUACGUGAACUCGCUGCCCUCAACGGUACUCUCCGCGAUGACGAGAACCAGGCGUGCCAGAACUGCGGUCAAAUUGGACAUCGCAAGUACGACUGCCCGGAACAACGAAAUUUCACUGCCAAUAUCAUUUGCCGUGUCUGUGGCAAUGCUGGCCAUAUGGCUAAGGAUUGUCCAGACCGACAACGUGGUACAAGCUGGCGCGACGCACCCGGUGGACCACCUGGUCCCGGAGCUGGUCGGAUUGGUGCCGGUGAUGCAGUUGACCGAGAGUACGAGCAACUUAUGCAAGAACUCUCCGGCGGUGCACCUUCUACUGAUGGUCCUCGACGUAUUGAAUCUGGUCCAUCUGGAGGCUAUGAUCAGGGUCCUCCUGCCGGCGACGACGUCAAGCCAUGGCAACGUGGUCCUACCGGUGCUCCCGCACCUUGGCAACAGCGUGGUCGCGGAGAUGAUCGUAAUGGAUUCGACUCUCGUGACGGUCCUACUGGAGGUGCUGCACCUUGGGUAAGAGACCGUGCACGUGGAGGCGACCGCGGUGAUUCUUACCCAGGAGGCCCGAAUGGAUACGGCGCUCCACCACCACCACCCCCAGCAGCUCCUUGGCAGCAACCCCCGGCCUAUCCUCCCGCUGGUGCCCCACCUGGUGGAUAUGGUGCCUACUCGGCGCCUGGAUACGGCGCUGCUUAUCCUCAGGCGAGCAUGGGUGCUCCUCCUGGUCUUGCUGCUCCUCCUGGAUUGAGCGGCGCUGGGUUGAGUGCUCUGUUGCAACAAUUUUCCGGCAGUCCACCACCACCACCCCCUCCUCCUGGCAGUAUUCCUCCUCCACCGCCUGGAAAUGCGCCACCGCCACCUCCUCCAAGUGAUCAGCCACCUCCGCCGCCACCUCCGAGGAAUUAGGCCUCAUGGAUUAGACUGCUAACAUAGGUUUUCUUUUUUUCUUGGCCGGCUAUCUGAUCUUGCACACGGAUAGAAGGGAUUCUAUCGGUUGUGCUCUUGUAUCGCUAGCAUUCCUUUUCGGAAUAACUUCUUUUAGUUUACUUGUAGUACUAGAAAGAUUGCCAAUCUGAUU